AUGUCAGUCAUGAAGUAGUUUCUAAGGAAGUAAAACGCCAGGAAAUGAGAUGCUGGGCCGAGGGCGCCUGUCUUGGAGGGCUGGGAGAGGGCCUUGCGUCAUGGCCUCGGCGCCGGACCCAAGGAACCCGUAUUUCCGAGAUAGGAUGGCUUCAGGAUAGCCGUAGGAGAGGGCUGUUUGCAGGGUGGAUAGGCGUUUGGAUAAGGAGUUACUUGUGCAAAGUUCUGAAUGCCCCUUUUUAAUGGCAGUUUCGAGUGGAGAGGACUAGUUUCACCCUUUCAAGAACUCGGGUUUUCUGACAGCCCAGGGGUGUGUUGUUACCCUUGGUUAGGGUGAUGGUUAGGGACAAGGAAGCUGGUUUUGGUAUUUUUGCUUGCCUUUCCUCUUGAAGUGGUGGUUUUAAGAGAAAUUUAAGUCUUUGGAUGUGCAGUAAGGAAGUACUGAAAGGUACUUUGAGAAAUGAGUUGGAAUUUAGGGAGGCAGUCACUGUUUUGUUAUUAUUUUAGUUAUUGUUUAAUUACUUUAUUAGGGUUUGGUUUAAUUACUUGAGAAAUGUAACAAAGAAAGACAAAGGAAAGAUGAAUAUCAAUAAAUAAUACAAAUAAGACAAUAAAAAACAUGCUCAUUUGGAAAUAAAAAAGAGAUGAUAAUAACAUCAUUAUUAUCUUCUAUCACUUAUUUCUACAGCAAAGAAACUUUAAAUACAGUGAAAUACUCCAACCCAAAUAGUUUUGUAAAGGAUGCAUUAGAAUGUUUCCAUCAAUAGUUAAAGUACUCAAAGGUCUGGGUCUGGCCAGGCAGAGUAGCUCAGUUAUUGAUCAUUUUAUUGAUUAGUUCCACAGUAGUAGGAUAAAAGUUUGGGUUAGAGGCAAGAUUCAGUUUGUCUCAUGGAGUGUGUGUGGAAGGACAAGGAUCCUGUUUUGAUUUGUUUCUUUUUUUAAAGCUGGUGAUGAACAGUGUUGACGCAUCGGCCUUGCGGGGAUGGCGGGUGGCGUUAGCAGGGGGACAGCAGCUGGUGAUGAACAGUGUGGGGGCAUCAGGUUUGGCAGCCCUAGCUGGUGGAGGGGGCACAGCUGACCCCCUCAAUGUGGAUGGUGGGGGUGGGGGGGGACCUGGAGAUUCUGUAACUACACAUCUGGCCGGCACAAGCGACGAUGACGACGAUGAUAUGGCGUCGUCACCUGGGAGCUUUGAUGAUGAUGAAGGCUCACUUCCCGGUGUGGACGAUGUGACCGCCCAGCUAGCGGCGGCAGGUGGGUGGUCAGGACCUGUCGGGGUGGCUGCUGCUGCUGCCAUUGCCUCAGCAAAAAAGCGGAAACGACAUCACAUAUUUGAAAUUAAUCCAUCUAUACGAAAAAGACAACAAACUCGGCUUUUAAGAAAAUUGAAGGCAACCAUAGAUGAAUAUUCUACCAGAGUCGGACAGCAAGCGGUGGUAGUUGUAGCAACGCCAAGUAAAUCAGGAAAUAAUUUCAAAUGUUUUGGAGCGAAACCUCUGGAAGAUGUGAUGAAAACGUUGCGGCAGAUGGUUAUGUCCGAACUGGAAAAUGCGUUAGCACAGCAAGCACCCCCACCCCCACAGGACGACCCGUCGUUGCAUGAAUUACCUCCCCUUGUCAUAGACGGCAUUCCGACUCCUGUAGAAAAGAUGACGCAAGCACAACUCAGAGCUUUUAUUCCUUUAAUGCUGAAGUAUUCUACAGGGAGAGGUAAACCAGGCUGGGGCAAGGAAUCUACUCGGCCGCCCUGGUGGCCAAAAGAUGUUCCGUGGGCGAAUGUUAGAAUGGAUGCGCGAUCAGAGGACCAAAAACAAAAGGUAUCUUGGACGACUGCUUUACGUCAGAUUGUAGUCAACUGUUAUAAAUACCAUGGGCGAGAUGAUCUCUUGCCGGCAUUUAAUGAAGAGGAAGAAAAGACUCAGGUUGGUGGUCCAGUGAACCCAGUGUAUUCAGGUCCAGUGGUACAGACCAUUAGCAAUCCAGAUGGUACAGUUUCAAUCAUCCAGGUGGAUCCUAGUAACCCUGUCAUCCAGCUGCCAGAUGGAACCACUGCGCAUGUACAAGGCGUUGCCCACAUCACAACACAGAAUGGAGAGUCGGUGGACGGAGAGAGUGGGAGUUCGGUGGCCAUCGACCUCAACCAUGUAUCUGAGGGCUCCUUAGGGCAAGAGGGAACCAUCAUAAUAACAGGAGAGGACGGUUCACAGAUACCUGUGAAUGUUUCGGGAGCAUAUCCUGUGUCAGGAAUGAUAACGGUACCCCUACCAGUAUACCAGACUGUUGUAGCGAACAUUCAAGGUGCAGAUGGUCAGCCGCUACAAGUGGUUACACCAAUCGUACAGGUGCCCAAACUUGAACCUGGAUUAGACAAUAAUGUUGAAGUUCCUGCAGCUCUCAAUGCGUCACUGGAUGCAUCGACUAUUAUAUCUUCUGGACAAGGUCAUGUACAGGAUGAUGACGACGAUGGAAGUGUAGACAUGGUCGAGACCAAAGAUUGAUGAGGCAUAAGAUCACCCGAUUGUGAUGGGAUGAAGUAACAUAGACCAAUGUUACUGGCUUCAGCUGUAAGCUUAGCUUCUUCCCAUACACACUUAUGUCUUUCUGCCCAUCUCAGCUUCUCACCAAAGACUAGGGAGUGGAUUCUAGUAUGUUUUCAGGAAUUGCAGAAUAUGAGGACUUGAUAUAUCCUCUGCUACAUUGGCCAGUAUCACCACAACAUUUAAACGUCUGCUGACUGAUUGUUCCAAAUUUACCACAUCUACUAUUACAGAAUCUGCCCCUAGGCACAGGAUGAAACCAUACCAGACAGUGUCAGUCAGGUUAGAGGCCCACCGCUUGUGGUUUGUUUUUACAAGAAAAUCUAUUUUUGUAUGAAGAUAAAAAAAAAAAACAGUGGCAUUGGAUAGAGUAAAGCAAACUGUGAGAUGUGCAGGGGUCGGGUUUUAAACAAGUUCUGUUUCGGUAUGGGGUUUUAUUCUGUCGACUCCUAGAUAGUGUGUUGUCUCAAGGGAUGAGUUUGGACUCUUGCUUCCCUUUUUGGAUUACAGUUCAGAAAUUAGGAAACGAUGUAGCUUAUCCUCUUAUUAAGCUGUCAAAGAUAUGUUUACCCUUUUCUAUGAUUUCUGUUGUUAGUAAAGUUUAUGUUGACAGAGACUUUAAGGAGUGUGACAACUUUACUAUUGAGACAUUCAGCCAACUAGGAUGAAAGAGGCAUAUUAUCUUUUUUUUUUAUUAUGAUUAUUUUUAUUAUUAUUGCUGAUAUUAAUAUUAAUUAUGUAAUCAUUAUUCUCAUUAAUCACCAUUAUUAUCAUCAAUUAUUUUCACCAUUUUCAUUAUUGUCAU